AUGGGGGACGGACAAGAUAUGGAAGACUUUGAAAUGCUUAAAGCAUUGUACGAUUUUGAAGCAACAUUAGCGAAAACUUUAAGUUUUUGCGAAGGAGAAUAUUUUUAUUUGCAACAAACCAACACUAAACAGAGAAAUUGGUGGCACGUUAUAAAUAGAAAAGGCCAAGUGGGUUUUGUUCCUUCAAAUUACGUAGCUGAGGUCAAGGUUGACCCUGACUACUUUCUGGGAUUUUUAAAUGAUUGCAUUAAAAGUUUGAGUGAAAAUCCAGCAAUGUCCCAAAAACAAGAAAUAGUAGUUAGAUUAAAUGAAAAGAGGAAACAAGUUCAGUUCCUAGUGAAACCCCACAAAAAGCAGCAAGCUCCUAAGCCUCCACCUCGCUUCGAUGAUCACACACCUCCUAAUGGGGUGUCUCCGUGUUUUGACCUACGCCCUGUGGUUUCCCAGCAAUAUAUUAGUGAAGAAAAAGAAUCUCCAACAAAAUCUCUAAAUGACAGUAACUGUAAAGAUGAAGAAAAAAUUAAAGAUUUGAAGCCAACAUCUAAUCAAGUGUCAUCUGAUACGGAUAACCAAGAUGACAGUCAAGACAGUAGCGAAAGUAUUAAACCAAAUGCUAUAUAUGAAAUAGUGCAGGCCGUGAGAAGGGAGACCCAGCUGAGCCAUGAAAUGUCUCGAGUGGCUGUUGAAACUGUACUUAUAUCUCUUCGGGAAUUUCUCCCUGGUGGAGCAGCUAGAUCCAUCAUUGAUGCACUUCUUAGAGAGGCAAAUAGCAACAUUACCUGUCCCAAGAAUGCGAUAGAUGCAGCACCUGAUGCAUUGAGGAUGAUGACGGCUUUGAACUCCUUGUCGAAGGCAGCCAAUGAUGCCCAGCAGAGAGGAUGGGCAUUACAUGAUGAUGCACAUGACAUUCAAACUCAGCUUUUGGAACUUAUAUCUGUUAUGUCAAAUGCAGAUGUGAAUAUUUCCCAGCAUGUGCUAAGCAGUCACCGUUAUGCAUAUGUGUCAACCCUAGUUCAGUAUUACCAGAUGGAGACCCGGUGGCCUUUACGACAACUGCUGUUACAGGCCUUCGGUGUAAUGUGUGGGUUAGAGCGAACCGCUUUGGCGACGUUAGCCCUGUCCGCACUACCGGCGGAAAUAGCCCGCGACAUACGUGACAACCCUCGCGCUGUCAGUCGCCUGUCACAUUCUGCUCUUCUGCUCUCUAUGGUCUUGUCUAUGGGGGAUACGCUGCCGAUCACGCAUUUUGAUCAACUCGGCGUCGAAUUCGCUCAAUUUUUACUAGAAUUAAUAGAGAAUCCACCGGAAACGGACGUGGACGAGCAGAUACCGGAUCUCUUUCUCACUCUCCUUCUCGCGUACAAUCUGCAAUUUGAAAAUCCCUUCGAAAAUAUGUUGCUCAACGCUCUGGAGACGAUCGACAAUGCCAAGACGUUUUGUGAGAAGAUCCUUUUGCUGCUUAAUCGCGAAGAGGAUCCGGUCCGUAUAUUCGACCACGAGCCGGCUCCGCGUCACUCCGUCCUGAAGCUGGCGAUAGACGUCUUCAGCCGCAAGAAGACUGCAGAACAUUUCUACACGAACGACGUGAAGGUGGCGAUCGACAUCAUCGUGCGCCAAUUGGCAGAUUUGUCGGCUGGAGAUACGCGUCGCGAACAUUACCUGCGGAUCCUCCAGGGCAUAAUCCGCAAUACGGAAUAUAGCAGCCAUUUGCACCGCAGAGACGAUUUGCUCCGCUGUUUCGCCAGGAUCUUCUGCGAGGAAGGGGAAUGCAGCAGAGAAGACCAGGUCCUAGUCAGGGCCAUCUCUAACGAGUUCCCCCAGUUCUUUAAAGCCUAA